UUUUUUUUGGGUGAAAUUGGAAGGGAUCUUGAUCUGUGAACAGGUGCGUUUUGAGGAAGGAGGAAUAGGAGGUGGAGAGCAUGGAUUCGGUCCCUUCCAGCACACAUGGGAACCUGGACGAGCAGAUUUCGCAGCUCAUGCAGUGCAAGCCCUUGUCCGAGCAGGAGGUAAGGGGGCUGUGCGAUAAGGCUAAGGAGAUAUUAAUGGAAGAAAGCAAUGUCCAGCCUGUUAAAAGUCCUGUUACAAUUUGUGGUGAUAUUCAUGGGCAGUUCCACGAUCUUGCAGAGCUUUUUCGCAUUGGAGGGAAGUGUCCAGAUACAAAUUACUUGUUUAUGGGAGAUUAUGUCGAUCGUGGCUACUAUUCGGUUGAAACUGUCACUCUUCUGGUGGCAUUGAAAGUGCGUUAUCCUCAACGGAUUACUAUUCUGAGAGGAAAUCAUGAAAGCCGUCAGAUUACUCAAGUUUAUGGGUUCUAUGAUGAAUGCCUUCGAAAGUAUGGUAAUGCCAAUGUUUGGAAGAUCUUUACAGAUUUGUUUGACUAUUUCCCGCUGACAGCAUUGGUUGAAUCUGAAAUAUUUUGUCUGCAUGGUGGAUUGUCCCCUUCCAUUGAAACCCUUGAUAACAUUCGUAACUUUGAUCGUGUUCAAGAAGUUCCUCAUGAGGGACCCAUGUGCGAUCUUUUAUGGUCUGACCCAGAUGAUCGCUGUGGUUGGGGUAUCUCACCUAGAGGUGCCGGAUACACCUUUGGCCAGGACAUAUCUGAGCAGUUUAACCAUACUAACAACCUUAAGCUGAUUGCUAGAGCUCACCAGCUGGUUAUGGAAGGAUAUAACUGGGGUCAUGAACAAAAAGUGGUUACCAUAUUUAGUGCACCUAAUUAUUGUUAUCGCUGUGGCAACAUGGCAUCCAUCCUGGAAGUUGAUGACUGCAAGGGCCAUACAUUCAUUCAGUUUGAGCCUGCUCCAAGGAGGGGAGAGCCUGAUGUAACCCGGAGAACACCUGAUUACUUCCUAUGAUUCAGUUAAUUAGUUGCUGAAUUGGCUGCAGCUAGUGCCUGUUGGCUGUGCUUCACAUUGAGGGCUUCUAUCAGAUUUUAAAGUUUAUAAUUUUGCGAUUGGUGGCUGGGUGGUGGAAAGCAUGUAAAUUGUGCAGGUGGGGCUUACUGUGAUUGCUUAUUUGAGUAUGCUCUCGGUUUCCGGAGACGAAGGAGCAGAACUGGCGACACCAAAGCAGCUUAUGUACCAAAUCCAGCAAACAAUAUGGCAUCGUUUAUUUCUUAGCACCGAAUUUUCCUUUUCUUGUCUUUCAAUUCCCCCCCCUGCUUUUCUGUAGAAGGAUGGUGGUUUUUGUUGGGGUUCUGUAGAGGGAUGAUGUGUAAUCUUUUUCUUAUAAUGGGUGCUUUU